UGUGCAUGCUGGUUAAGUUGACACAAACCAAGGAAGCCCCAUCGAAAUAUCCGGGCUGUUAGGUGAUGUAUGUAAUAAAAUAACAAGAAAUAGGAACGAACUUAGUGGCGACGAAUGAAAGGUACAAUGGCAACAGAUAAGGGCUCUUCUGCGGGUAAUAAUCCUCUUGAGCAGUUUGUACUGUUGGCAAAAUCAGCGAAAGGUGCUGCAGCUGUGGAGUUGGUAAAGCAGGUUCUCGAAGCACCGGGGGUGCAUGUGUUUGGAGAGCUGUUGGAUAUGCCUAAUGUAGUUGAACUUGAAAAUGGCCCGCAUGCCAACUAUUACCAUGCCUUACAUCUAUUUGCAUAUGGAACUUAUCGACAGUAUUUGGAAAAUAAAGCCAAGCUUCUUGAAUUAACUCCAGUUCAGAAGAAGAAGCUACAGCACCUUACAAUUGUUACAUUGGCAACAAAGAAUAAGUGUAUUCCAUAUGCUGUAUUACUUCAAGAACUGGAUAUUAAAAAUGUUCGUGAUUUAGAAGAUCUCAUCAUUGAAGCUAUUUAUGCAGACAUAAUCCACGGAAAGCUGGAUCAGAAGCAUAGCCAGCUGGAGGUUGACUAUGCAAUUGGACGUGACAUUCAGCCAGCUGAUUUAGGGUCUAUUGUGAGCACAUUACAAGACUGGUGUGAUUCGUGUGAAGCUGUUCUGUCGUGUGUAGAGACACAAAUCAACCGUGCCAAUGCUGAAAAGAACAGGCGUCUCAAACACAAGGAGGCUAUUGAACAAGAGAUUAUCAACAUUAAGAAGACACUGAAGACUCAGUCGCAGGACCCAGAUGAAGCAAUGGCAACAGAUUCCCGAGAAGCUGUUGCGCAGGGUGGAGAUAAGGGAAAAAAGCCAAUUAAAGCCAAAGGCCUACGUGGCAGCAGCAAGUUCUGGCAAAAAUCAUGAGCAGACCAAAACCUUUAUUUAAGCCUGUGAUUGAAGAAAUUCAUAUGUGAUUGGCUAUGCUGGUGUUUACCAUACCAUUGUCCAACCUGAUGAGCAGUAUGCAUUUGAAACAACUGUUCUGAAGGACUAGGGAAUGCACAACACCUCUGGCAAUUUGACGUGUUUUCAGAAUGUUUAAUUUAAUAUAAAUGAAGGGAAAAUCGUAAUUAAAAUGUGAUUUCUUUCUCUGGCAUUAUCUUUACUGUUCUUUGUGAUGCUAUCCUGCCAUUUGUUAACUGAGUGAAGUUAAAUUCAAGAGGGAUUCCUACCCUGAACAAGAUUUGAACAUCAGACUUAGAUUCUGGCAAUUUAAGCAUAAUUUGUUUUGGGUCAUGUCUGCUGUAGACAGUUUCCGGUACAAAUCAGUGCACACUUAAGUUUAAGUUUCGAAACUAACAUAUGCCAAUAUCUAAAGAUAAGAUCAGAUAAUCUCUGACUUCUUUGUUCAUGGUUUUCUCUUCACUGUUGUGUGAUGAGAAACCCAUAAUUUCUCAAAACCACAAAGGUGCUUUGAUAUAAUGCAAUGGGGAAAUGCCCUUAUAUUAGUCCUCAUGCAGGUAUACUGUAUUUACCCAACUGUAAAAGGAAUCUUUCUUUCUAAGUUUUCCUUCAUUAAAAAUCUGAUAUUCUUUUAGAUUCACAGAAGAAACCUGUGUAAAGAAUCAACAUAAUUCAGAGAUUUCAGGGAAAAUAUAUCCCUGACAACUGUCGCUUAUCUCAAAACUCGUAUAUGUAUAAAGUACUGAUAUAUUUCCAAAACAUUCAUUGUCUGACUUUUGUUACUGUUACCAACAUAUUUGCAUGUGUUUUACCUGCUUACAUUUUUUGAAGCCAUAAUAUUAUAGUUAGUGGCUGUUCUUUGAGAUCCACUUCAUAAUGACAUAUUGUUCAUGAAAUAUGAUUGUGUAAUUCCAGUAUCUUUGCUUUAUUUCCACCAAAGAGAAUCAUACUGAAGCAAAACUCUGGCUCUAGAAAUAUUCUGAUACUGAUGUUCUACAAAUAUGUGAGUGUUGAGGUAUGGCACAAAAUGUUACUAGUUCAUGAAUGCAGUGAUCAGUAACAGAUUUACAUAUUACUGCUGAUAUUAAACGUUUAUAAUAUUUUAUGGUAUUUGUUUUAAAAGAGCUCUGUUUUUGAGCAUUUAAGAUAACCAUGUCUGUUAAGUAAAGAAUUUAAUAAAUCAUGUGGGAUGAUCAUUGGAAACCAUCUGGAACCAGAAGGAAGUCGUGCUAUGCAGAUUCCUGUGAACUAAGUGUGGUAACUUUGAAUUAAUGAUUAUCAGAUGUGUCAAGUUACAGAGCAGAAGGAAAUACAACAUUUCUGAAGCCAGUACAUAGCAAAUGCUGUUCCAAGGACAAUUAACUGAGUGUAGGUUCCAUUGGAGAGACACCCUGGAGACCUAAAAUGAACCACAGAAGUUUGGGUUUGAAAGAGAAUUGUACCUAAGCAAUAGGGUAGGGUAAAUACAGUAUAUACUGUAGUGUAUGUGUCUGUCAGCGUCACCAUUGAGGAUCAGGUCAGAUUUGAUUAUAUACACAACUGCUAAAUUUAAGACUGAAAUGUUGGAAGAGAAAUUCAGUUUCAUGAAUUUUUCAACAAAUUCACUGUCUUCAUGCUAUUAUAAAUUUACCAGACAAGAGGAGGAGAGUUUUGUAUAUAAAAUAAAUAUACUAAGUCCUGUAUUUGCAUACUUAA